UGGAACAACAACAACAAAAGUGACUCCGGACGCACCGGUGCGCGCGCGCGGACAGUCGGAUCAUAUGUAUUCGUCUUUUAAUGCACUUAUACGUUUAAAACAAACGUUUUAAGGAAUUUUAGUGUUUUUUUUGUAGAUCGAUUUUAAACUCUUCCUGGAUGGAGUGAGUAAACAAGGACACGAGCGGAGGAUAUUUUGGAUUGUUCUGUGAAAUAAAAGGACGAACUGGACUUUUGCUUUGUUCUUCAUCGGGAUCGGGUUAUAUGAUUAUAUUUACAUAAUCUAAUGUUAUGAUUCUACACGUAUUGCUUACGUGUACUAGUGCUGAUGUAGAAUAUACAACUAAAACACAGUAGUAACAUAAUGAAAGAUACACAGUUUAGGGUUUCUUCUGAGUUGUUUAAUGCACUUUAAAGAGAAAGUUGUGUUGCAAUCUGGUGCUUAUUGUAACGCGUUUUAUUGGCCAUAGCAGUUUCCUAAACAAAGAACACCUAGAACCCAACAUGCAUUAUAUGUUUAUGAAUGACGCGUAGGGCAUAACUUUUAAUGUCAAGAGUUGCACGGUGAGAUCGGUGUUUUUUUGUUUUGCAAGAGGACCUCGACCCAGAUCUGAGCCUCGUUGUCGUUUCAAAGACUCGCCCAUAUGUCUGAUCAUGGCUGAUCCAACCUCACACGGUUUAACCCUCGAUGUUCUCUACAUUCAAUCUAUCGUUUAGUUUCCACAAAGCGUGAAGUUUCCCACAGAGACCAUGUCCGAGAGUUGUGUGUCGGGUCAGACUUCAGAGGACCUGCUGGCUGAUUUUGAGUCUCUCUUGAAUAAUGGCAGCAUUGAUCUCCGUGAAGACCAUCAGAUUGUCAUCAUAUCGACACCCAACACCACCAGCACAUCUGGGGGGGACAUCCUGCUGUUUGCCACCCCACACAACACCACCAGCACCUCCACGGCCACCCCGCUGGAGAACCGGAGAGCGAUGCCGGGCAGACCGCCGGUAAAGAGGAAGUUGGAUCUGGACAGUGAUCAUCAGUACAUUUGCACAUCCAGAACCGCUUCACGUGGACCGGCACCUCCAGCCACACCCGCACCACCCAGAGCGCCCAGACCGUCCACAGAGAAAUCUCGCUACGACACGUCUCUCAAUCUCACCACCAAACGCUUUCUGGACCUGCUGGCUCAGUCUCCAGAUGGUGUGGUGGAUCUCAACUGGGCGUCCCAGGUGCUGGACGUCCAGAAACGUCGCAUCUAUGACAUCACCAACGUCCUGGAGGGCAUUCGUCUGAUCUCGAAGAAGUCAAAGAACAACAUUCAGUGGCUGGGUAACCGUAUAGACGGGGCGUCGGUGGCGAGGUUUCAGGAGCUUCAGAGAGAGUUAGCCGAACUGACGGACACGGAGGAGAAACUGGAUGAGCUUAUCAACAAAAGCAGCCUGCAGCUGCGGCUGCUCACAGAGGACACGCACAACAAGAAGCUGGGGUACGUCAGAUGUCCAGACCUGCGCGACACCGUGGACCCUCCGGAUCAGAUCGUCAUGGUGAUACGAGCACCACCUGAAACGCAGAUGCAGGUGACGGAACCCACUGAGGGCUACCAGAUUUCUCUAAAGAGCUCUAGAGGUCCCAUCGAUGUUUUCCUCUGUCCUGAGGACAGUUCUGGGGUUUGUAGUCCCGUCACAGAUUGUAGUCCAGCUAAAUCGACCAGUCAGAGCCCACCGCAGUCUGAACCCUCCUCACAGGAAGUGACGUCAAUGCCAGCUACGCUCCCAAGCUCCUCCCCUCUGCCUCUGGAGCCGUUUCUGGACUCCGAUCCGUUUUCUGGCAUUUGCGAGAUGCCAGAUUUUGAUUUUUCUCCUCUGGGCUCAUCUGACUUCCUGCUCGAGCGGAGCGACGGGGUGGACGGUCUCAGUCUCCCAUUGGACAGUUUUAUCUGCCUUUCCCCCCCGCACAGUCAGGACUAUCACUUCGGCCUUGAGGAGCACGAGGGCAUCAGCGAGCUGUUCGACUGUGACUUCAGUGACCUCGGCCCUCUGGAGUUCUGAAGGAAACAUUCGUUUCCCGUUCUGCUCUCGGUUCCACAUCCCGCCGCUUUUCAAUCCAGAUUUCAAAAACCUCUCUGGAGCCGUCUGACAUCAGAUUCAGCCAUUUAAUUUAUUUUUAAAACCAAUAAGUCACCUUUGAUCUCUCUGUGUUUGUUUGAGUUUAUUGUCCAGUUGUUGUGAAGGUUUUGGGAUGUUGCGCUCUUUACCGGAUGGAGGUUUGAACAUAUACUGAGGAGGUUUUCUGAAAUAUUGCUCAGGAGUUCUGCAGGUGAGUGAUAAUGUCUGCUCAUGUUGUUAAAGAUCGUUUAUGCAUGUGCACAAUAAUCGAUCUGUUAUCUUUAAGAGGGUUUGGGAUUCUGUUUAAGGAUCACGACAGACUGCCGAAAACAAACACACGCAAGCUUCAAAGUUUCAUUUUCAGCGUUUAUUCAGAACGCAGUUAUAUCAGCGUUUGACUUGAUGAGGAAAACGCUUUCCGCUUCGUUCGCACACAAAUCCACGUUUGGUUCAUCAUGUCGCAGAUUUUUUCUGCGUGUUUUUAAGGUUUUGCAUCGAUUAAUCACCAUUUCAGCACUUGUUCUGUGUUUAUAUUCAUAUCCGAUCUUGAUUCAGUAAACACAAAUAUUACAGUUUCCAGUUUUUAACUUUUUUCAAGACCUCCUGUAUCUUGUAUACAUCUUGUAUUUUAUGUACUUUUUUCUAUGUGUGUGUGUGUGUGUGCGCAUGUGUGUAAAUGUUUCCAGCCUCUAAAAUAUUAACUUUACUAUUUAAAAAGCACUAUAUAUAUAUAUUUUGUUUUCCAUUGGUUCUUGGCUCCCUUAAGCGAUCCAGUGUUUAGUAAAUCCACUGUAGUAUCGUCUACAGUAAAUCUGAAUCUGUUGUGUUGUGAUGAUGUCAUAUCAUUGUUGUGGGAUAUUUAAAAGCGUUUUGAUUGUGUACUCGAUAGAUAGAUGUAAAGUUCACGAGGAUAAUAUUUGAUUUGAUGAUCAGCUCUUGAGUGAAUGUAAAUGUAUAAUUUAAUCUGAUGUAGAUUUGCAGGUUUGUUUGGUUUGGUUUUUUGAAGGCAGCUUUUGUUCUUUGGUUGAUUGAAUGCGUUUUUGUUUGUUGGUGUUUUGUAGAUUUGUUCUUUGGUUGGUGUUUGUAUGUAGAGCUGUCUGGGACAAUUCUCACAACACAAUCAAGCGCCUUUGUGUUCGUGUGUUGACGUUUCACUUGAUCUGGUUGUAGAACAGCAAUGUUGGACAUGAAAUGUUUUUUUGUUGUUGUUUUUUUAGAAGAAUUGCUCUUUACUGUUUACUUGAUAAAGCACUAAAAAUAUGGACAAAGCUUAACACACACACGUUUACUAUUAAGAGAAAAUACAAUCUGAUUUAGAAUCAAUUGACGUUAAAUGAGAAUUAUGAGAUUAAACAUCAUUUGGAAUUUUGAUGUGAGGUUUUAACAACAGUUGACUUUAAGGUUUGUCUAAAGCGUUAUCGUAGUAAUUGUCUUCGUAAAAGCAAAAUAAAUGUUUAUCGCAAUCUUUCAGAUGUAUUUGAUCACCUGUCAAUCUAAAGAAUUCUCUGUAUUGUCUUUGUUCUGAUGAUGUUUUAAAUAAACA